AUGAAUAUGUCAGUGAGUGAGGAAGACAAGAGUGCCCAGAAAAAUGACGACGGGAAAGAAUGGCCUCAAAUAUUGGCAAUAUUAUUAGGCUGUUUAUCAUCGUUGACUGGUGGACUCCUCUUCGCUUGGCCAUCACCAUUUCUACCAAAGAUCAUCAAUGACAAGAGCUACAACAUAACUCAAGACGAAGCCUCAAACUUCACCACCUUCAACACAGUCGGCAUCAUCGUCCUAUCGCCGUUCCUCAUACUAUUCACGGAUUCCUUCGGAAGAAAGAAGACCUUGAUGUUCUCAGCAAUACCGACCUCUGUGGCGUGGAUCAUCAAAGCAUUCUCGAAAGAUUUAUACUGGCUGUACUUCGCUAGAUUCAGCUGUGGGCUUGGAGACGCCAUCUUGUUCGCAGCUUUACCUAUUUACAUUGGAGAAGUGGCUUCUCCUAAAGUGAGAGGCACAUGGGGUAACGCGCUGAUUUGCUCCGUGUUUUUGGGACAAUUCAUCAUGAACGUUCUUGGGUAUUAUUUCAGCAUCGAGACCACAUCAUUCAUAUGCUUGGCACUGCCAGUAACUUUCGUGUUGGUAUUCUCUUUAAUGCCGGAAACACCUUAUUUCUAUAUGAUGAAGGGAAAUGAAGAAGCGGCCAGACAAUCUUUGAGGACAUUCAAACGCAAACAUAAUGUUGAUGCUGAGUUCGAAGAACUGAAGUCUGAUGUACGAAGGCAAAUGGUUCAGGCCGGUACUUGGAGGAACCUGUUUAUGAUUGAGCAGAACAGAAAGGGAUUGAUAGCGGCAGUAUUUUUGAGAACGUCGCAGAUGUUUGGAGGGUUGCUAGUUUUUGCAUCAUACACUAAAUUCAUAUUCGAGAAAUCAGGGGGGAACAUUGACCCCUCGCUAUCUUCUAUCAUCUACAUGGGCACAAGUUUCUCUUUGUAUACACUGUCAGCUUUUUUUUCUGAUACUUUUGGAAGGAGGAAAGCUUAUAUGACAUCUUUGGCGCUUUCUGGUCUUGUUCUCUUGAUAGAAGGUAUUUAUUUGUAUAUCGAUCAGUAUCAACCCGGUAUCGAUUUGUCAGGGAUCAAAUGGUUUCCACUUGCUGGGUUACUGGGUUUCAUAGUUACUUCUUCUUUUGGUCUUGGUAUCAUUCCAACAUUGAUGUUGGGGGAAUUGUUUUCGGCAAGUAUUAAAGCAAAAGGUGUGAGUUUGACGGCAACAAAUUUUGGACUGAUGAUUCUGUUAGCGAAUGUUGUAUUCUACGAAACCAACAAGGCUGUUGGGUUAUAUGGACCAUUCAUAGUUUUUGGGUGUUGUAAUAUCUUGUCAACAUUCAUAUCGUAUUUCGUGUUACCAGAGACAAAAGGAAAAACUCUAGAUGAAAUCCAGCAGCACUUGAAGACUGAAAAAGUAUGGAAAUGA